AUGAUAAAUAAAGUAUUGAUCACCUCUUCAUCAAGAGUGAGCUUGCUAUGGAGGUUUGGAACCAUUUUGAUCGCCUUUUCUCAAUCUAGUAAGAGGGGUUGGUUAAAAGAGAUGGAUUCCUUUCUUCAAUGCAUUCCACCGGGGCGACUAGGGUACCUUUUUUCUAAGAUACGUUCAUUCAAGCUCAAGCCAACUUCUAUUAGUUCAGUCGGAAGGCAAGGGUCCAGUCUAUCAAUCCAUUCAAGUUAUUGGGGCAUUUCUGCAUUGGUUGAGUGCCUAGUAGGGGAAUCGGUUUCAUCUGCUACGCUUUAUGCGCCUGGUUUUCUGGCCAAUCCUGUUAGAUGA